UAUAAAGUCCAUGUUCAGCGGUUCACGAUUAGGGUUUCUCUACUAUAAGAAACUCGAAUUUCGUCUUCCUAGUACUCUUGCUUGCAGGAGGGACUCAAUCUGGUUCAGAGAGGUGAAGAAUUAGCAUCCGCCGCCAUGGUCAAGUACUCAAGGGAGCCGGAUAACAUCACCAAGUCCUGCAAAGCUCGAGGCUCCGACCUCAGAGUCCAUUUCAAGAAUACAAGAGAGACUGCGCAUGCCCUUAGGAAGUUGCCCUUGGCCAAGGCGAAGAGGUAUUUGGAGGAUGUUCUUGCCCACAAGCAGGCUAUUCCAUUCCGACGUUUCUGUGGAGGAGUUGGUCGAACUGCUCAAGCAAAAAAUAGGCACUCAAAUGGACAAGGACGCUGGCCUGUUAAGUCUGCAAAAUUUAUUCUAGAUCUUCUUAAGAACGCCGAGAGUAAUGCCGAAGUGAAAGGACUGGACGUUGAUUCUCUCAUUGUAUCCCACAUCCAGGUGAAUCAAGCACAAAAACAAAGACGUCGAACCUACCGUGCUCAUGGAAGAAUUAACCCCUAUAUGUCAUCUCCAUGCCACAUCGAGCUUAUUUUGUCAGAAAAGGAAGAACCUGUGAAGAAAGAGCCUGAGACCCAGUUGGCAACGAGUAAAAGCAAGAAGGGUCAAGCUCUCCGCAGUGGUGCUUCAUCCUGAUCCAAUAUUAUUGCCGCAUUUUGUACUUCUUUUUUUGUUUUAAAGCAGAGUUUGGUUGCUUAAGUCAAAUACUAGAACGAGUUGUUCGGUAUCCAAUGCCUCUUUAACUUUUUAGUUUAUGGGAUCCUCGAUCAUGUUCAUUUUGGAUUUUUAUUCCCUUUUAAGCCAAGAGUUCUUCAAAUCUUUACUUCC